CGGGCUACUUCUUCAUCCCCUCCCCCCCCUUACCUUGGAUGAGGACACAGGGACCGACGUCGCACCGCACAUAAUUACGCGUAGGCACCGUAGUUAGUCUAUAAGAUUAGCCCUCGCGCGCCCUCCGCAGGGCACCUAGCCCCCCCUACCCCCCCCCACGCCCGGGGACCGACGGAGCUGCGCGCCGACUCGACUCCUGGUCCCGCGCCGCGUCGGGGAGUGUCGAGUCACGGGAUAUGCGUACCUGCGGUGUCUCUCUCCCCCCUCCCCCGCCCCUUUUGAUUCUCCCUCUCCAGUUACUGUGUAACACGCGGCGAUCGAUCGACCGAUCGCUCGCGUACCUGGCUUUUCUAUCCACCCCCCUUAGGCGCCGUAGAUCUAGUCCUGUGUAUCCUCUACUCUAUUGCCAAGUUCGUCCCGGCCUCGUCUUAUUCUUCCCUCCCUCUUCCCUCUUCCCUCUUCCCUCUUUCCUCUUUCCUCUCUCCCCUGCUGCCUGGCUUUGGAAAGCAGGAUGGGACGAAGGGGAGAAGAGAGAAAGGGGGGGGGGAAAGCAAAGGCGGAUAAAUUUUUUUCUUAAUAAUAAAAACCGCCCCAAUAAAGCCAAACCCGAAAACAAAAACAACGGAUGCAGCCUUGCAACAGGAAGGAAAGAAAAAAAAAAAACGCCAUGCGCCAGUGUAUUUCUUAUUUAUCCCCCCUCCCUUUCCUCGUUCCUCCCCCGGUCGUAAAACGUGCUGGCAUAUUGUGUAUAGGUAGGUAGGUGUAAGCGUGCGUACGCGCGAAUGCGGGCUGUCUGAGACCUGGCGACAACGGGAAUACGAAGGAAUAGAGAGGCGGAAUGGGUAUCAUGUGCGCGUAGUUGUAUCUUGUUGUACAGUUGUAUAUUCUGG